AUGAAUCCCCUAAUUUCUGCUGCUUCCGUUAUUGCUGCUGGAUUGGCCGUAGGACUUGCUUCUAUUGGACCCGGAGUCGGUCAAGGUACUGCUGCGGGCCAAGCCGUAGAAGGUAUUGCUAGACAACCAGAAGCAGAGGGUAAAAUACGAGGUACUUUAUUGCUUAGUCUGGCUUUUAUGGAAGCUUUAACAAUUUACGGGCUGGUCGUGGCAUUAGCACUUUUAUUUGCUAAUCCCUUUGUGUAA